AUGCUCGAGGCUCAUGUGAAGCUCCCAGCGAUUGAUGAUGACCAGGAAGUGUACCUCCUAUUGCUAGAUGACGAAGCUGAAUCAUAUCCGGGCCCUUCAGGUGACUGGAACUUCCUGACCUGCGCCGAGCGGCGAAAAAGAGCGAAGAACAGUUGGCUAAUCGCGGGAGGACAUCUGAGGAUACGGACGCUGGUGAGGGAAAAGAUCCGCCCUCGUUGGUGGUUCGUGGCCCUUGCAGAUUGUUCGGGACAAGGGUUCAGGAAUGUGCAGUACGAGGUACACGCUCAAAACAUCUUGUAUGGCUGGGCAUCUGAGUUCUCCACCGACAGGCGUUAUGCAUUGCAUGCAUUCGUGGCCUUCAGCGUUAUUUUCGCAGCUUUCAUGAUGGUGCAAACACGUGCGAACGUGAUCCUUGCAUCUCGACAACAUGAAGACAGCGCGAGGAGCAAGGCCGCUCACCCUUUCGCUCGCAUUCUCUUGAGUGGGAUCUGUGUGGAGCUGGUGGCGUGCCUUUUCGAGAUUUUUCAUUUAAUGCUGUUUGCGAGCAAUGGACGCGGCAGCCCGAUGCUGCAUGCAUUUUCGCUGCUAGCAACGACUUCUUCAAACUUUAUCCUUGUCUCCCUACUUCUCUUGGUCUCGCAGGGAAAGUGCGUGACCUACAAGAUGAUUCCGAAGGAUGCCUGGAGGAUAUUCACGAUUCUCGGUCCAUUCCUGCUAUCUUGCCUGUUGCUGGAGCUUUGGGGAGAUUUUGCAACUUCACGCACUUACAGCUCUGACUAUGUGUAUACCACCCCUUGCGGCUGUGCGGUGAUUGCCGUUGACCUGGCGCUUCUGGCCUUCUACGGCUUCAACGUUCGCACAACCUUGUCACAGGAGUCUGGGCGUGCAGACAGCUACUUCUACCGCCGUUGGGGAGUCGCUUUCGGUUGCUGGUUCGGAGCUCUGCCCUUCUCUGCAGCACUCUCCAAGAUCCUGCUGGCACCGACAACCAAUGGGUGGAAAACGUUCUGCCCUCGCCCUUACCAAGCGAAAAUAGUGUCACUUGGGUACGUUUGGUACAUUGUCAGCCUGUCAAUCACGAAAGGAAGCAAUGCACUCGUCUAUGGUGCUCUGGUCGUCGCACUUUGGCCUGAAAACCGAAGGACCCAUUUCAAGAUGAUCUCUGCCUCCCCAGAAGAGUUGCUCGAGAACUGUCCAUCACCAGGAGGAAGCGCAAGAGAACACGAGGUUUCCGAGUUCCUACCUGGUGCCAAGCUAUGGCUGAAUGCCAGAGAUCUUCCGAAUCUCCUUUGUCAGAAGUUCGUACAAGAUGACACUUUUCAUCUUUCAAAGUCGCAGUCACGCGUGAGGGCUGCUCCACAGCCUUCUCCGUCCCUCAAAACCAAGGCGAUGCCGAAAAGAUCUGAAAAAGAGAUACAGGAGCAAGCUCGCCAGAUGGCCCAAGACACUUUGAAGAGCCUUCCUGAAGAGGUGCAGGAGAAGCAGCUGCCAGCGCUAAUUGAGAAAUUGGUGAACAAACUGAGGAAAGCCGAGCAGGAAAAGAUGGAUGAAGUAGUGGCAGUUCCGGCACCGCCACCCGUGGCUGAGGUGAAAGAGCCGGAACCUCCUCCACCGACCCCUGCCAUGAAGGCUAUUCCAUUGGUUCCCGGAGUUUUGGGACAAGGCUUGGUGCCGGCCAAAGCAAGCAUGGUCACUAGUGCCAUCGAGUCGCUGCAGGCGCAAGCCGCUAAGCCUGGCGCGGGGACCGCGCACCUUGCGGAGGAAAAGGCUGCGAAGAUGCUCGGUUCAAAGGACAUUCCUGCUGGAAUGUGCAGUGAUGAGCUCGAGAUCAAUGACUACCCGCAAAUUGCGCGACAGAAGAUCACGCAUCGGGAUCCGCUUGUCGCAAUCGAAGAGAUGACUGGUGCGAAAUUACAGGUCAAGGGCCAACACUUCGCUUCAGCAGCACGAAUGCCUGAAGGUGCAAAGAAGCUGUACGUUGAGAUUAUAGGUCCAACACAGGUCUCCGUGGCGAAAGCCAAACAUGAAGUCUACAAGAUGAUGGAGGCUCUUGCAAUCAGAACCCUCAACAUUCCUGGAUUGACGCGUGCAGUGACGGGCACUCCGGGAAGGUACGAUCCGGUCGUCGGCAAGCACUUUCGUCGCCCCCAAAGACGAGAGGACGAGCAGCCGAGCACACCGAAGUUGCUGCGACUGACCUCUGCUUUCCGUUCUCACGGUUCGCGCGCAGAAAAGCGAAGAAGGGGUGGCAGAAGCUGGCUUGCAUGCUGGCCGUGCUUAGACAGCAUGACUCGUGGGAACCAGCGCGAUCGCGACCGUGAGCGAGCGGCCAACCGUAAUGCAGGUGCCAAGACAAAUUCGACUAUCAAGAGCAAAGAAGAUACUGCAGCGAUCAUGCGCGAGAAGCAGCGCCUGGCAGAGGAGAAGAAGGCUUCUGACAGUGCAGGAGGGGGCGGAGGUAAAAGCAAGUCAGCAGAGAAGCCGCGAGCUGCAAGCGCACAAAGUGAGAAGACUUCGCAGCUGACGAUCCAAAACUUGCCGUUUAAGACCUCCGGAGGGGGCUCUGCUCUUGGUUUUGGGCCCAAGCACUGCGUGUUUCAAGGCUUCUCCAAGGACGACAAAAGACUUGCCAACAUGUUUAUGCCGGAGCGAUUCAAAGAAUAUCAUCGCACACUGCGGCAAAAGAGAAGCGAAGAGUUGUCGAUGAAACAGGUCGCUGGCUCUUUUGGAGGAUUGUAUGCUGUGAUUCACCUUCUCCAAUACUUCGAUAUUUGGACGUUGUUGCUGCUCAUGGUCGGCGCAUACUUCAUUUACAGGCAAAUUGUGGACAACUGGAGCAAGGUUUGGCUUGCCUUCAACCAGGACCAAAACUGCACAAUCAGAGGUCAUGAUCAUGCCAGAGUUAUCUCAAGACGUUGA